AUGGGCACCAGGAGCAGGAGCUGGGCGCUGGCCUGGGCCCUCGUGGCCCUGCUCGUGGUGCGGCUGGCAGAGACCCAGACGCCGGCAGAGCUGAGCCUGGGGAACACAGAGCCCACCUCGGUGGACAGCGCCUAUCCCACGGCCUCGCCUGCCCGGCGCCUGACCUUCAUCCCACCCCUCGCCGUCUUCCCCAGUGUGAGCCCCCUGAACCCCGCGCACACGGGGCGCGUCUGCAGCACCUGGGGCGACUUCCACUACAAGACCUUCGAUGGUGCUGUCUUCCGCUUCCCCGGCCUCUGCAACUACGUGUUCUCCUCGCACUGCGGCGCCGCCUACGAGGACUUCAACGUGCAGCUGCGCCGGGGCCUCGCAGGCUCCAGGCCCACCAUCACCCACGUCGUGCUCAAGGCACAGGGGCUGGUGCUGGAGCUAUCCAACGGCUCCGUCCUGGUCGACGGGCAGCGGGAGGACCUGCCCUACAGCCGUGCUGGGCUCCUGGUGGAGCAGAGCAGUGACUACGUGAAGGUCAAUGUCCGGCUGGUCCUAACCUUCCUGUGGAACGGAGAGGACAGUGCUCUGCUGGAGCUGGACCCCAAGUUUGCCAACCAGACCUGCGGGCUAUGCGGAGACUUCAACGGGCUCCCCGAUGUCGGCGAGUUCUAUGUGCACAACGCCAGGCUGAGCCCUCUUCAGUUCGGGAACCUGCAGAAGCUAGACGGUCCCACGGAGCAGUGCCAGGACCCGCUGCCCUCACCACCCGACAACUGCACGGAUGGGGGGGACUUCUGCCGCCGCAUCCUGUUUGGCCCGGCCUUCACUGAGUGCAAUGGGCUGGUGGAUGCCAGUGUGUACGCGGCUGCCUGUGCCCAGGACCUGUGCCGCUGCCCCACGUGCCCCUGUGCCACCUUUGCCGAGUACUCCCGUCAGUGCGCCCAUGGGGGGGGCCAGCCGCAGAACUGGAGGGGCCCCGACCUUUGCCCCCCGACGUGCGCGCCCGGCAUGCAGCACCAGGAGUGCGGCUCGCCCUGCACCGACACCUGCUCCAACCCCCAGCGCUCCCAGCUGUGCGAGGACCACUGUGUGGAUGGCUGCUUCUGCCCCCCAGGCACGGUGCUGGACGACAUCACGCACGCCGGCUGUGUGCCGCUGCCUCAGUGCCCCUGCACGCAUGCCGGCCGCACCUUUGCCCCUGGGACCUCCUUCACCACCAGCUGCAGCUCCUGCACCUGCUCUGAGGGGCUGUGGCAGUGCCAGGAGCAGCCGUGCCCAGGCACCUGCUCCGUGCGAGGUGGGUCCCACAUCUCCACCUAUGAUGAGAAGCUCUACGAUGUGCACGGCGACUGCAGCUACGUCCUGUCCAAGAGAUGCACGGACAGCACCUUCACGGUGCUGGCUGAGCUGCGGAAGUGCGGCCUGACAGACACUGAGAACUGCCUCAAAGCAGUGACGCUCAGCCUCAAUGACGGGAACACGGCCAUCCGCGUCCAGGCCAGUGGCGCUGUGUUCAUGAACUCCAUCUACACCCGGCUGCCCGUGUCGGCAGCCAACAUCACCGUCUUCAAGCCCUCAUCCUUCUUCAUCCUGGUGGAGACAGGGCUAGGCCUGCAGCUGCAGGUGCAGCUAGUGCCCCUCAUGCAGGUGCACAUUGCCCUGGACCCCUUGCACCACGGCCAGAUGUGUGGCCUGUGUGGGAACUUCAACCAGAACCAGGCUGAUGACUUCACGGCCCUGAGCGGGGUGGUGGAGGGCACCGGCGCUGCCUUCGCCAACACCUGGAAGACCCAGGCCUCCUGCCCCAACGCCAAGAACAGCUUCGAGGACCCGUGCUCACUCAGCGUGGAGAACGAGAACUACGCCCAGCACUGGUGCGCCCUGCUGAUGGACCCUGCCGGAGUCUUCUCUGCCUGCCACUCCUCCGUGAACCCUGAGCCCUUCCACUCGAACUGCAUGUUCGACACCUGCAACUGCGAGCGGAGCGAGGACUGCCUGUGCGCGGCGCUGUCCUCCUACGUGCACGCCUGCGCCGCCAAGGGCGUGCUGCUCCGCGGCUGGCGGGACGGCGUCUGCACCAAGUACAUGAGCAGCUGCCCCAAGUCCCAGAGCUACGCAUACGUGCUGGACGCCUGCCAGCCCACCUGCCGCGGCCUGAGCGAGGCCGAUGUCACCUGCGGCGUGUCCUUCGUGCCCGUGGACGGCUGCGCCUGCCCGGCAGGCACCUUCCUGGAUGAGGCGGGCACGUGCGUGCCGGCCCACGAGUGCCCCUGCUACUUGCGUGGCAGCGUGGUGGCGCCUGGGGAGGUGGUGCAGGAUGACGGUGUGGUCUGCUCGUGUGCGAGCGGGAAGCUAAGCUGCCUGGGAGCCCUGCUGCAGAGCAGCCCAGGUUGUGCGGCGCCCAUGGUGUACCUGGACUGCAGCAAUGCCUCGGCCGGCACCCCUGGGGCCGAGUGCCUCCGAAGCUGCCACACGCUGGACGUGGAAUGCUUCAGCACACACUGCAUCUCGGGCUGCGUGUGCCCCCCGGGGCUGGUGUCCGACGGGCGUGGGGGCUGCGUGGCCGCGGAGGACUGUCCCUGCAUGCACAACGAGGCCAGCUACCGGCCCGGGGAGACCAUCCGCGUCGGCUGCAAUACCUGCACCUGCAGGAACCGGCGCUGGGAGUGCAGCAGCCGGCCCUGCCUGGGCACCUGUGUGGCCUACGGGGACGGCCACUUCAUCACCUUCGACGGCGAGCGCUACAGCUUCGGAGGCAGCUGCGAGUACACGCUGGCCCAGGACUACUGCAGGGGCAACGGCAGCGCCAAGGGGACCUUCCGCAUCGUCACCGAGAACGUCCCCUGCGGAACCACGGGGACCACCUGCUCCAAGGCCAUCAAGAUCUUCGUGGAGAGCUAUGAGCUGAUCCUCCAUGAAGGGGGCUUCAAGGUGGUGGAAAGGGGGCAGAGCAGCGACCUGCCCUACAAGGUCCGCUACAUGGGCAUCUUCUUGGUCAUUGAGACCCGCAGCGGGAUGGCUGUGUCCUGGGACCGGAAGACCAGUGUGUUCAUCCGCCUGCCACAGAGUUACAAGGGCAGGGUCUGUGGCCUGUGUGGGAACUUCGAUGACAAUGCCAUCAACGACCUGACCACGCGCAGCCAGGCCGUGGUGAGCGACGCGCUGGAGUUCGGAAACAGCUGGAAGUUCUCGCCCACCUGCCCAGAUGCCAGGGCACCCCAGGACCCCUGCACGGCCAACCCAUACCGCAAGGGCUGGGCCCAGAGGCAGUGCAGCAUCAUCAACAGCGCCACCUUCGCCGCCUGCCGCUCCCAGGUCGACUCCACCAAGUACUACGAGGCCUGUGUGCGUGAUGCGUGCGCCUGUGACUCGGGGGGCGACUGCGAGUGCUUCUGCACUGCUGUGGCCGCCUACGCCCAGGCCUGCCACGACGUGGGCGUGUGCGUGUCCUGGAGGACGCCCGACAUCUGCCCGCUGUUCUGCGACUACUACAACCCCACUGGGGAGUGCGAGUGGCACUACCAGCCCUGUGGGGCGCCCUGCCUGCGCACCUGCCGGAACCCCAGUGGCCGCUGCCUGGUUGACCUGCCGGGGCUUGAAGGCUGCUACCCUAAGUGCCCGCCUAGCCAACCCUUCUUCAGUGAGGACCAGAUGCAGUGUGUGGCCCAGUGCGGCUGCUACAGUGAGGAUGGAAAGUACUACGACAUCGAAGCACAGGUCCCCACGGCUGAGAACUGCCAGCGCUGCCGCUGCACCCCAGAUGGCCUCCAGUGCACUCACAGCCUCGAGGCCUGCACGUGCACCUAUGAGGACCGGACCUACAGCUACGGAGACCUCGUCUACAACACCACUGAUGGCCUUGGCGCCUGCUUAACGGCUAUCUGUGGAGACAACGGGACCCUUAUCCGCAGGGUGGUGGAGUGUCCCGGAACCCCGUCUACCACACCAUUCACCUUCACCACCACCUCCAACGUCCUCCCCACCACAGGCUCCGUGCCCACCGCCUCUACCGUGUGUGUCCGAAAGGUCUGCCGCUGGUCCCCCUGGCUCGAUGGGGACCACCCAGAGCCCGGCAUGGGAGGUGGGGACUUCGAGAUGCUCACCAGACUGAGGGAGCAGGGGUACCCACUGUGCCUGGCACCUGCUGCCAUCGAGUGCCGUGCGGAGCAGUUCCCAGGGUCACCCCUGCAAGAGCUGGGCCAGAAGGUGGACUGUGAUCCAGCCAAGGGUCUGAUCUGCCUCAACAGUGAGCAGAGCCCCCCACUCUGCCACAACUACCAGCUGCGGGUCCUGUGCUGUGAUCCUGUGCCCUGCAGCUCCUCCCCAGCUCCCCCUACCUCCACAACAACACUCACCACUCCCUGGGCCCUGUCCAGCCCCACCCUGACCUCAUCCAGCAGAGGGAUCACCACAUCCACGGCACUCAGCUCUCUGUUGACCACAGAGCUUACCCUACAGACCAGGUCCCGCUCAUCAGCCACACCCAAAACUGACUGGGUCAGUAGCACCCUUGCCCCCAGUACCUCUACCUGCCGGCCCCAAUGCCAGUGGACAGAGUGGUUCGACGUGGACUACCCCAAAUCUGAGAGGGCCGGGGGAGACAUGGAGACCUACGAAAGGAUCAGAGCUGCGGGGGGAGCCCUCUGCCCACAGCCUGAGGACAUCGAGUGCCGGGCCCAGAACUACCCCUCAAAGACCCCCGAGGAGCUAGGACAGCACGUGCACUGCAACCUCAGCUUCGGCCUCGUGUGCCACAACCAGGAACAGGAGGGAGUGUUCCACAUGUGCUACAACUACAGGAUCCGCGUUCUGUGCUGUGAUGACAUCAGCCACUGCAAGAGCCUGCGCACCAACACCCCAAUGGCCACCACACUGAUUACGGCCAGUAACACACAGGGGACAGCUACCACCACAGUGAGCACGGCCACCACACCACUGACCACCACACAGGAGACAGCCACCACCACACUGAGGCCAGCCACCACACCACUGAGCACCACACAGAAGACAGCCACCACCACACAGAGCACAGCCACCACACCACUGAGCACCACACAGGAGACAGCUACCACCACACUGAGCACCACACAGGAGACGGCUACCACCACAGUGAGCACCACACAGGAGACGGCCACCACGACACUGAGCACCACACAGGAGACGGCCACCACCACACUGAGAAUGGUCACAACCACGCCACUGAGCACCACACAGAAGACAGCAACCACCACAGUGAGCACGGCCACCACCACACCAUUGAACACCACACAGGAGACGGUCACCACCACACUGAGCACAGCCACAACACCACUGAGCACCACAGAGGAGAUAGCCACCACCAGAGUGAGCACAGCCACCACCACACCACUGAGCACCACACAGGAGACGGCCACCACCACACUGAGAACGGCCACCAGCAAACUACUGAGCACCACACAGAAGCCGGCCACCACCACAGUGAGAACAGCCACCACCACACCACUGAGCACCACACAGGAGACAGUCACCACCACAGUGAGCAGCACACAGGAGACGGCCACUUCCACACUGAGCACGGCCACCACCACACCACUGAGCACCACAGAGGAGACGGCCACCACCACACUGAGCACGGCCACCACUCCCCUGACUGCCAGCAUUGUCCCCACACAACCUCUGGUCACCAGCCUGGUGCAAACGACCACCACACACCGGCCAUCCACCCCCUACACCGAGGUCAGCACACGCAGGAUGCAGACAUCUCUAGGCACCACAACCGAGGCCACUACCAGGCAGGGCACGACCGGCUGCCAGCCCAAGUGCCAGUGGACAGAGUGGUUUGAUGUGGACUUCCCCACGUCGGGGGUCCCAGGUGGGGAUGUGGAGACCUACGACAACAUCAGGGCCGCAGGGGGCAAGAUGUGCCUAGCACCUGAGAAGAUUGAGUGUCGGGCGGAGAACUACCCAGAGGUAAGCAUCGACCAGAUUGGGCAGGUGGUGGUCUGCAGCCUGCAGACUGGGCUGGUGUGCCGCAAUGAGGACCAGACAGGCAUGUUCACUAUGUGCUUCAACUACAACGUGCGUGUGCUCUGCUGCGACCGUAGCCACUGCCCCACCAUGCCGUCUCCCACCUUCACACUGUGGCCUAGUCUCUACACCCAGACCCUGACCACCUUGGCCACCAGCAGGUGGACGGGGACAGGCUUCUCCACAGAGACCAGCACCUGGAGAAGUGCCAGCCUCCCCAUCACCUCCGAGAGUCCCUCUGUGCCUCCCGCCUCCACCAGCAGCCUUCCACACACCUCCGCGCCAUGGACGCCGUGGCCCCUGAGCAGCAGCGCUUCCUCAGCGGUGCCUGUGACUUCCCACCCUCUCAGUACUCUAGGCACCACCCCAGUGCUGACCACCACGGCAGGCCCUCCGCCAGCCACCGGCUCCUUCAGGCCCCCUGCCUCCACCCCAGGCACCGUCCCUACCUCCGGGGUCCCCACCAGCAGCCUGCUGACCUCCAGUGUGUCUGCUGGUCCUUCCUCGAGCCUCACCACACUCGGGCCCACUGCGUCCUCCACGCAGCUCUGCUUCUGCUGGGCGUUUGGACAGCUGUUUUCACCCGGGGACGUCAUCUAUAAUAAGACUGACAGAGCUGGAUGCCACUUCUCCGCCAUCUGCAACCAACACUGUGACAUCGACCGCUUCCAGGGCACCUGCCCCACGUCCCAGCCUCCGAUGCCCUCCACCUCUGUGGCGUCCCCCUCCCCACUCCCUGGCUGUGACAACGCUGUCCCUCCCCGACAGGUGAAUGAAUCCUGGACGCUGGACAACUGCACAGUGGCCAGGUGCGAGGGUGACAACCACGUGGUCCUGCUGCCACCAGAGCCCGUGGCCAACGUGAGCUGUGUGAACAAGCACCUGCCCAUCAGAGUGUGGCACGAGCACCAGCCCUGCCAUUCCCACUACGAGUGCGAGUGCUCCUGCAGCGGGUGGGGGCAUUCGCACUACUCCACGUUCGACGGCACGACCUACUCCUUCCCGGGCAACUGCACCUACAUCCUCGUGAAGGAGAUCCACCCGCGCCACGGGAACCUGAGCAUCCUCUUGCACAGCCACUACUGCGCCACUGGCCCUGGCGCCAGCUGCCCCCGCGCCCUCCAAGUGCUGUACCUGUCCAUGGACAUCAUCCUCACCACUGCCGAUGUGGGGGGUGUGGAGCAGAGCCUGGUCCUGUUCAAUGGAGUGCGAGUGAGCGGGCCCCUCAGCAAGGAUGGGGUGAGCUUGUCCGUGACCGCGGCCACCAACAUGCACAUCGACAUCCCGGCCAUCGGCGUGAGCAUCUCCUUUAGCGGGAGGGUCUUCCAGGUCCGGCUGUCCUACAGCCACUUCAGCCACAACACAGAGGGCCAGUGCGGCACCUGCACCAACAGCCAGAGUGAUGACUGCCGGCGGCCAGACGGCACCAUGGCCCCCACCUGCAAGGACAUGGCUCCGACCUGGCUGGUGCCUGGCAGCAGUGGAGGGGGCUGCAGGCCACCAACCAGCCCACCCCCCAGCGCCAGCCCCCUGCCCCCGGUGCCCAGCAUUUCCACGGCCACCACCUCCACCCCGUGCGCCCCGGGGCCCCUCUGCAAGCUGCUACUGAGCUCGGUCUUCGCCGAGUGCCACGCUUUGGUCCCGCCAGACUCCUUCUUCAGCAGCUGCAUCAGCGACCACUGCCAGGCGGGUGACCGGGAGGUGCCUUGCCAGAGCCUGGCAGCCUAUGCGGCGCUCUGCCGAGCCCGGGGAGUGUGCAUAGACUGGCGCAACGCCACCAGCGGGCUGUGUGAGCUUUCCUGCCCAGCCUCCAAGGUGUACAAGCCCUGCGGCCCCAUGCAUUCAGUCUCCUGUGACUCCAGGAACCAGAGCCCCCUGGAUAAUGGGCUGGCCCUGGCCGAGGGCUGCUUCUGCCCUGGGGACCAGCUCCUCUUCAGCUCACACAUGGACAUCUGCGUGCCAGAAUGCCCUUGUGUGGGGCCAGAUGGACUCCCCAAGUUUCCCGGCCAGCGGUGGGUCAGUGACUGCCAGGCCUGUGUGUGCGACAUGGCCUCGGUGUCCGUGCAGUGCUCGCCCGUGCAGUGCAAGGCCCAGGGCCCUGCCCCACCAUGCGAGCAGCACGGCUUUGUGUUAGUGACCAGGCCGCAGGCUCACAGCCCCUGCUGCCCCGAGACGCUGUGUGUCUGCAACGUGAGCACCUGCCUCCAGGCCCCACCCACAUGUCCCCCGGGCCAGGAGCUGAUCCCGGAGGAAGGCCACUGCUGCCCCACCUUCCGAUGCCAGCCCAGACUCUGCGAGUACAACGGCACCAUCUAUGGGGUUGGUGCAACCUUCCCAGCGCUCUCUCCCUGCCACACGUGCACCUGCCUCUCCGGGCCCAGCCAGGAGCCGGUCGUGCAGUGUGAAGAGCGCACCUGCAGCCCCUGCCCCCAGGGCUUCGUGCACUCCAGGGUGUCUGGGCAGUGCUGUGGGAACUGCGUGCAGGCUGCCUGCUUCACUCCAGAGGGCCAGAUAGUGCAGCCCAACGAGACCUGGGUCGACAACCAUGUGAACAACUGCACCAAGUACCUCUGCGAGGCCCAGAGCGGGGUGCCUGUGCUGACGCCACAGCCCGUGUCUUGCCAGGACGUGUCCCUCUGCAGGGGCAUCCUCAGGAGAACUGGCUGCUGCUACACCUGUGAGACAGAAGAGGAUGCAUGUCAGGUCCACGCCAACGUGACUGUCCUGCGGCACCAGGGCUGCGAGGCUGUGGUCACUGUCACCUUUUGCGAAGGCUCCUGCCCUGGAGUGUCCAAGUACUCCAUGGAGGCCCAGACUGUGCAGCACCAGUGCAGCUGCUGCCAGGAGAGCAGCACCCACCAGCAGGCCGUGACCUUGCAGUGUCCGGACGGCACGGCCAUCUGGCACACCUAUACCCAGGUGGACGCAUGCAGCUGCACCACAGCCUGCAGGCCCUGGCCCAUGAGCCCCAGGGGCGCCUCCGUCUAGGGCCCUGCAGCCCUCAGAGCCAGAGCAGGCUCCACUGACCACCGGGACCUGGGGCCUCUUCUGGGGCCCACGAAGACACGUGAGGCUCCCUCGCCGCUGCCUCCCCAUCCCCUGCAGCACCUGGGGGGGCACUGGACCAGCGAGGCUGUGCUGCAGGAGGGUGCUGGGUGGGGGUCCUGCCCUCAGAGACCCUCAGGCCUCACGCUUCCUGCUGGCACCAAGCAGCCCUGGAGCUGAGCAGCUGGGGGCACGGAGGCCUGUCUGCAAGACCCGGGCCGGAGCUGUGUCAGGCAAGGUGGCCGCUGGCCUGUGUCCGGCCCCAC